GACUUCAAUUUCUUUCUGCAUAUAAUAAUCUAAAUCACAAUUUCUUUCUGUAGCAGCAUUUAGUAGUUGCAUCUACUUUCUCGCUCUAAAUCUCUAAACAAAGAAACAAGAUGUGGAUUUUCGGAAGAAAAGGGCCGUCUGGAUUUUCAGCCUGCUCUACUGCAGAGGAAGUUACUCAAGGAAUCGAUGGCUCUGCCCUCUCCGCCAUUGUCACUGGAGCAUCAAGUGGCAUUGGAGCAGAAACUGCUCGAGUCCUGGCAUUACAUGGUGUUCAUGUAAUCAUGGCAGUGCGUAAUGUGGAGAGCUGUAAUAAGGUUAAAGAAACAAUAAUCAAAGAGUUCCCUGAAGCUAAAAUUGAUGUUAUGGAACUCGAUCUUGCCUCUUUUGCAUCUGUGAGGAAAUUUGCAUCGGAAUAUAACUCUUUGGGGCUUCCCUUGAACCUCCUCAUUAACAAUGCAGGGAUUAUGGCUACACCCUUCAUGCUUUCACAAGACAAUAUAGAACUGCAAUUUGCCACUAACCAUCUAGGCCAUUUUCUAUUGACAAAUCUUCUAUUGGAAAAUAUGAAAAAGACUGCACAUGAAAGUGGGAAAGAAGGAAGAAUUGUCAAUGUUUCAUCAGAGGGCCAUCGGCAUCCAUAUCGUGAAGGCAUCCGCUUUGAUAAAAUCAAUGAUAAUUCAAGUUACCAAACCCUAUAUGCAUAUGGACAGUCCAAGCUGGCAAACAUUUUGCACGCUAAUGAACUUACGAGGCGCUUUCAGGAAGAAGGGAUUAAAAUAACUGCUAAUUCUCUACAUCCAGGAGCAAUCGCCACCAACCUUCUGCGGCAUCAUAAAAUCCUCGAAGGCCUACUUAUGUGGUUUGUUAAGUACCUCAUCAAAACUAUCCCUCAGGGAGCAGCCACGACGUGUUAUGUAGCUUUGCAUCCAGAUGUUGAAGGAGUGAGCGGUAAGUUUUUCUCGGACAGCAACGUCAGCCAGCCGACGGAACUGUCUGCAGAUGCUCAGCUGGCUAAGAAAUUGUGGGACUUCAGCUUGGAAUUGACAAGCCCUAAAUAGUUCCACUUUUGACUCCACGAAUCUUGUUUUUAUGGUUGAAUAAACAAAUAUUUAAAAUCUGUGUUAUAGUGGAUUCGAACUUAAGACCUUUAGGUUCAUCACAUGCUACUGUUGUAAGAAAUUUUCAUAUAUAUUCACAUGUUGAUGCAUGCUUAAUAUUUAUGUUUUUAGUUC